AUGACGGACAAAGGAGAACUCACCCAUCGCGAUGACCACUACGGCACAGACUCUCCCACCUACCUGGAGAAAGCAGAUUCCCGAGAUGGCCAACGCAAUCCCGCACUCGACUACUUCUCGCCCGCCGACCAUAAGCGGAUCAAACGCAAGAUCGACUUGCGCCUCGUCCUGACUCUCGGCCUCAUGUACUGCGUCAGCUUGAUGGACCGUACAAACAUGCCCAACGCAGCGAUUGCGGGCAUGACUGUCGAGCUCGAGAUGGUAGAACCGAACGGCAUUCGUUAUUCCAUCGCCAACCUUGUCUUCUUCGCGACGUACACACUCUUCCAACCGGUGGCGACGGUUUGUACCCGUAAGGUCGGUCCGAAGAUCUUCCUCGCUGGGAUUUGCGCAGCGUGGGGAGCCGUCGUGAUGGGCAUGGGCUUUGUCCAGGACUGGACUGCGCUCACCGGCUUGAGAGUGGUCCUGGGUCUCUUCGAGGCGGGGUUCUUUCCAGGCUGCGUGUACCUGAUCAGCACUUGGUAUGUUCGCUACGACACCGGAAAACGCUAUGGUGUCUUCUACCUCAUCGGGUCGCUUGCGUCCGCCCUCUCCGGCAUCCUUGCGUAUGCGCUGUCACAGAUGAAUGGCCUGGGAGGCUACACCGGCUGGAGAUGGAUCUUCAUUAUGGAAGGAUCGAUCACGGUCCUCCUCGGCAUUGCUGGCUACUUCCUCAUCGUCCCAUUCCCGGACCAGGACGCCUGGAAGGCCAAAGGCUUCCUCACGCAACGAGAGGUGGAGUAUGUAAUGGCUACCGUGGAAGCAGACCGCGGUGACGCCAAAAGCGAGCCUUUCACUUUGGGAAGGUUCCUUCGACCGGCGCGAUCGAUCAAAGUCUGGGGGUUUGCCAUGAUGUUCUUGUGUACGACCACCAUGGCAUAUGCCAUCGCCUACUUCCUACCGAUUAUCCUGCGUGAUAGAAUGGGAUUUGACAUUGCCGCUUCGCAGUGCUUGGUGGCUCCUCCUUAUGCCUUCGGAGCGCUCAUCAUGUACUGCGAAUCCUGGUUGGGCGACAAGUACCAUGUCCGUGGUCCACAGAUCCUCACGAAUUGCGUCACUGGCAUCGUAGGCCUGGCAAUUUUGGGCUGGACAGACACCGUUGGCAGCCAGUACUUUGGCAUCUUCCUGCUCACCGGCGCCGUGCAGGCGAACAUCCCACAGGUCAUGGCCUACCAGGCCAACAACAUUCGAGGGCAGUGGACAAGAGCUUUCUGCAGCGCCACCUUGGUCGGCGGCGGCGGGAUUGGCGGCAUUGCCGGCUCGCUCAUCUUCAGGCCUCAAGAUGCGCCAGAAUACAUUCCCGGCCUUUGGGCAUGCAUUACGGCCUGCCUGAUCAUCGGCUCCAUUACCAUUGCUCUCGACCUAUGGUUCAUGCGUCAGAACAAGCGGGCGGCCGCGGGCGAGAUCGUUCUCGAGGGCGCUGAUUCUUCCUUCCGGUAUACGUUGUAA